UUAGGAUCCCGCGUGCUUUCGAGGAAUUUUGUUAAAUGUAUCUUGGAAAAAUUGAACGUUUAUCAAUUAUUCGCGCAAUAGUUUUGUAAAAUAAUGUACACUGCAGUAAAGCCGUUGUCCAAGUACUUGCAACUGAAGUCGGUUCGCAUCUACGAUGGCAUUUUCACUCUCCACGCAAAAGUUACAUGCGCUUUGUUGUUAGCCUUUACUUUUCUGCUAUCCGCAAAGCAAUAUUUUGGCGAUCCUCUCGUUUGCAUAUCCGACAUGAAGGAUAUGGAUUUCGUGAACACCCACUGCUGGACCAUGGGAAUGUUCAUAAUGGACUACGACGACAACAACCUGAUGGCUAACAGAACGAAACUAAUUCUUGACGACUUGAACAAAUCCUUCUAUAAUCUUAAAAUUGAUAAUAAUUUGCUAAAUAAUCAUGCGGCGCUGAAGUCAAUAAGAAACGGUAAGCAGCAGGAGCGUGUGUUCCUGCGCUACUAUCAAUGGGUAGUGCCAGUUCUGUUGUUGCAGUCGUUCAUCUUCUACCUGCCGGCAUUUCUCUGGAAGAUCUGGGAGGGUGGCAGGCUAAAGAAUCUGUGCGCCAAUCUGGACGAUGUGCUAGCUGGGACCGAAAAGACAACUGCGCAUCUACGCAAGGUGGCAAAAUACUUUGCCAGGGAUUACAAGGAAACACAUCUGCGAUACUUUGCCUCCUACAUAUUCUGCGAAAUCUCUAACUUUGGCAUAAGCAUUAUCAACAUUCUGUUGCUGAAUGUGUUCCUGGAUGGCUUCUGGUCGCACUAUGUGAAGGCAUUGUCCGCAGUGCCUGCAUAUAAUUGGGACGAAUGGAAUCGUAUUACGACGCACAUGUUCCCUAAGAUUGCCAAAUGCGAGAUAUUUAAAUUUGGCGGCAGUGGCACAUUGGAAUCUGUGGAUAAUCUGUGUCUGCUGCCCCUAAACAAUUUGAAUGAGAAAAUCUUUUUAUUCUUGUGGGUCUGGUUCCUACUUAUGGCUCUGCUGGCGGGCCUCAAGCUCAUGUAUCGUCUAGCUAUCGUUUUUCAUCGUGGACUACGCUUUCAGCUCCUGCGUGCAAAGUCUCGCUUCAUGCCAUUCUCAUCAUUGAAGCGUGCCCUGUGCGAAUUUAGCUGCGGUGAUUGGUUUAUGCUGAUGCGUGUCAGCAACAAUAUGAGCUACGAGCUAUUUCAUCAACUGAUGAAGCUAAUCCAUGAUGAGCUAUGUCCCACUAGCAAGCCGAUAACUCGUGACGCGGACGCCUGCUAAACUUGGACCUCAUAAAAAAACUUAUAUUUACAAAGCAAUCCAAGCGUUAUAUAGCUAAAAAAAAAAAAAAAAAACUGUCAUAAGAGAUGACCAUUAUUUAUCUUAAGUUUUUGUGAAUUUUGAACUGAAACCAAUCAUUAUUAUUUAACUAAUCGAUAUGAACGAAUUAUCGACACCCUAAUUUGAACAACGAAUAUAUUACUCUAGAUUAUAGAAUUACAAACCAUCGGAUUACUAUCUUGAACAUCUAUCUUGUAAAUGAUACUCACCACUCGGUCUGUCUCUGCUGAGAAUAUAUAAUUGUAGCGCACAUCUUGCUCACCCGAGGUGAAUUGUUUGGAGUAGUUGAUAAGACACUACUGAAUUUUGUAUCAAUUUUUUGUAAGUGAUUUCUAUAAAGUGAAACAGUUAAUCAACAACUUUAAAAACA